AUGCAUCCUUCAAAGAAGAUUUUUUUUCCGGAAGAUGUUUUGCACGAGCUCCUUGGAGAUGGCGACAGUGACGACGAGAAUGUCUUUGAGGACGGAAUCAGCGAUGACUCUUCUUCAGAUGAGGAAGAAUCCAUUCUAGUUCGUUCUUGCACGCAGAGCAAAGGGCUUAGUUACGAGUCUGUAAUGGCCCUUGUGGAUGUAAAGCUGUUGGGAGGUGGCUACAAACUGUUUGUGGACAACUUUUACACAAGUCCAGCACUAUUUAGAGACCUCUUCCAAAAGAACAUCUGGGCCUGUGGAACUGUGCGGUCUAACAGAGUGGGAUACCCAAAGACUUGUGAAAAUAAGCUGCCCAGAAAUUCUCCACGUGGCACUCAAAGAUGGAUAAGGAAUGACAUCUUGGUGUUUGUUGAGUGGAAGGACACACGGGAAGUACAGAUGUGCUCCGCCAUACACAGAGGUACUAGUGGGGGCACUGUGCGGAGGAGGGUGAAGGCUGCUGAUGGCCAAUGGAGCAGACUGGAUGUUCCAGUUCCAGAUGCAGUAGCAGACUACAACAGAUACAUGGGUGGCGUGGACGUAUCUGAUGCAUUAGUCGGCUAUUACACAGUCUCGCAGAAGACCAGAAGGUGGUACCGGACAUUUUUUUAUCACUUUGUGGAUUUGGCUGUUGUGAACGCCUUCAUCAUUCACUGUCAGAUGGCCCUGAUGAAACAUCAAAAGCCAAUGACACAGAAGAUCUUUCGAGAGACUCUAUUUAUGGAACUGGUUGACUUGGUGUCUCAGGAUGAAAAUGUUCCUCCACCUGCACCUGCACCUUCAAAUGGUUUGCACUUGGCAAAGUACAUUACUCCAGACAGCACAAAAGGAAGACGUAAGUGCAGACUAUGCAAACAAAAGACUCCCGUUAUGUGUUCAGCAUGUGGGGUGGGACUGUGCUUUCAGCCAAAACGCUCCUGUUACAAUGACUGGCAUGACCAGGGGAAACACGUGUAAUCUGUUGAUUAACAUUGUGUUUAAAUUGUAAAUAGUAAAUAUAUAUGCUAAAGAUUUUUUUUUUUUUUUAAGAUUUUUUCAA